CAGCUCCCAUGUACCUGGGAGAUUUUCCUCUUGGCUGAUUUUGACAGCCUGUGGGAAAGUGCUUAUUAUAGCCACUCCAGCUCCAGGUAGAUGACUCUGAACCUGCGUGGAUCGCAUACCUUGCGCAGGAAAUGCUGGGCUGCCGCGUGCCGCGUGCGAGCGUAGUCUUUUCUGUCGACAGUGCAGAAAGCUGGAUGCGGCAGUGAGCGGAGGAUAUAAAAGGGAAUGCUGAGAGCACAAGGGAGACGCGCUCACUCCUGGACGGGUACUCUUUGACGGAGGCCAAACUCUGAGGUGGAGGAGGCCGUAAAGGGGCCCUGAAGGAGCCUCUCAACCCUCCCGACCCGCGCCGUUGGACGCACUGGACUGCCAUGGCUCCUCGGAAGCGUGGCGGCGGAGGCCGCGGCGGCGGGAUGUCCUUCUUCUUCUGCUGUUUUAACAGCAACGACCACCCGGAGAUCACCUACCGGCUGCGGGAGGACUUCGCCCUGCAGCCCAUGGAGCCAGCGCUGCCGAUGCCGGGGUACGACGAGCUGGACGGCAUGUUCUCCGAGUUAGUGGACGAGCUCGACCUCACAGAGAAGCACAGGGAGGCGAUGUUCGCCCUGCCAGCAGAGAAGAAAUGGCAAAUCUACUGCAGCAAAAAGAAGGAACAAGAAGAAAACAAAAGUGCAACUAGUUGGCCCGAAUUCUACAUCGAUCAGCUCAAUUUAAUGGCAGCUAGAAAGACGCUCCUCGCUCUGGAGAAAGAAGACGAGGAAGAGAGGAACAAGACCAUCGAAAGUCUGAAGACGGCUCUGAGGACUCAGCCGAUGAGGUUCGUGACCCGCUUCAUCGAUCUGGACGGCCUGACGUGCAUCCUGAACUUCCUGAAGAGCAUGGACUACGACACCACCGAGUCGCAGAUCCACACGUCGCUGAUCGGCUGCAUCAAGGCCCUGAUGAACAACUCGCAGGGCCGCGCCCACGUCCUCUCCCACUCCGAGAGCAUCAACAUCAUCGCGCAGAGCCUGGCCACGGAAAACAUCAAGACCAAGGUGGCGGUGCUGGAGAUCAUGGGCGCCGUGUGCCUGGUGCCCGGCGGGCACAAAAAGAUCCUGGAGUCCAUGCUGCACUACCAGCGGUUCGCCAGCGAGAGGACGCGCUUCCAGACUCUGAUAAACGACCUGGACCGGAGCACGGGCCGCUACAGAGACGAGGUCAACCUGAAAACGGCCAUCAUGUCCUUCAUUAACGCGGUGCUGAGUCAGGGGGCUGGAGAGACGAGCCUGGAGUUCCGGAUCCACCUCCGGUACGAGUUCCUCAUGCUGGGAAUCCAGCCUGUGAUUGAUAAGCUGCGUUCCCAUGAAAACUCCACGUUAGACAGGCAUUUAGACUACUUCGAGAUGCUGAGGAAUGAGGAUGAGCUGGCCUUGUCAAAGCGAUUCGAGUCGGUACAUAUAGACACCAAAAGUGCCACUCAGGUUUUUGACCUCAUCCGCAAAAAGAUGAACCACACAGAUGCGUACCCGCACUUUAUGUCCGUCCUGCAUCAUUGCCUGCUCAUGCCACACAAGAGGAGCGGUAACACGGUGCAGUACUGGCUGCUCCUGGACCGCAUCGUCCAGCAGAUGGUCCUGCAGACCGAUAAAGGCCACGACCCCGACGUCGCGCCACUGGAGAACUUCAACGUGAAGAAUGUCGUCCGGAUGCUUGUCAAUGAAAACGAGGUCAAACAAUGGAAAGAGCAGGCGGAGAAAAUGAGAAAAGAGCACCAUGAGCUGCAGCAGAAGUUCGAGAAGAAGGAACGCGAAUGUGACGCCAAGACGCAGGAGAAGGAGGACAUGAUGCAGACGCUCAACAAGAUGAAGGAGAAGCUGGAGAAGGAGAGCAGCGAGCACAAGAACGUCAAGCAGCAAGUGGCGGAGCUGACGGCGCGGCUGCACGAGCUCAGCACCCGGCAGCCAGCUGUCGUCCCCGGCGGCCCCCCCCUGGCCCCGGGCCCCCCCGGCGGCCCUCUGCCCCCCUCGCUCUCGCCGGGGGCGGGCGGCAUGUGCGCGCCCCCUCCCCCGCCGCCGCCUCCUCCCGGCGGUACGAUGCCCCCUCCGCCCCCUCCCCCUCCCCCGCCGGGCGGCCCCCCGCCCCCUCCGGGGCGCCCGCCCACCGGGGGCAUCCCGCCGCCGCCGGGAGCGCCGCUGGGGCCGUCUCUGAAGAGGAAGAACAUUCCCCAGCCCUCCAAUCCACUCAAGUCCUUCAACUGGUCCAAGUUAGCCGAGAACAAGCUGGAGGGCACCGUGUGGAUGGAGGUGGAUGACGCCAAGGUCUUUAAAAUCCUGGACCUGGAGGACAUCGAGAAGACGUUCUCCGCCUACCAGAGGCAGCAGGACUUCUUAAUGAUCAAUAGCAGCAAACAGAAAGAGGAAGAGGACGCGCUGACCUCCAAAAAAGUCAAGGAGCUGUCGGUCAUCGACGGCCGUCGGGCGCAGAACUGCAACAUCCUGCUGUCCAGACUGAAGCUUUCAAACGAGGAGAUCAAGAGAGCCAUUCUAACCAUGGAUGAACAGGAGGACCUUCCCAAAGACAUGCUGGAGCAGUUGCUGAAGUUCGUUCCGGAGAAGAGUGACGUGGACCUGCUGGAGGAGCACAAGCACGAGCUGGACCGCAUGGCCAAACCCGACCGCUUCCUCUACGAGAUGAGCAGAAUAAACCACUACCAGCAGAGGCUUCAGGCGCUCUACUUCAAAAAGAAGUUUGCAGAGAGGAUAGCGGAGAUCAAACCCAAAGUUGAAGCUCUGACCAAGGCAUCGAAGGAGAUUUUACACAGCAAGAACCUGAAGCAACUGCUGGAGGUGGUGCUGGCCUUCGGAAACUACAUGAACAAGGGUCAGCGGGGCAACGCUUACGGCUUCAAGGUGUCCUCGCUCAACAAGAUCGCCGACACCAAAUCCAGCAUCGACAAAAACAUCACCCUGCUGCACUACUUGAUCACAAUCCUGGAGAAGAAAUAUCCCAAAGUCCUGAUGUUCCAGGAGGACCUGACCAGCAUCUCCGAGGCCGCCAAAGUCAAUAUGACUGAGCUGGAGAAAGACAUCGGGAACCUGCGCAGCGGCCUGAAAAGCGUGGAGAGCGAGCUGGACUUCCAGAAGAAGCGCCCGCAGGAGCUGGGCGACAAGUUUGUGUCGGUGGUGAGUCAGUUCAUCACGGUGGCCAGCUUCAGCUUCUCCGACGUGGAGGACUCGCUCGCCGAGGCCAAAGAGCUGUUCCUCCGGGCGGUCAAGCACUUCGGAGAGGACGCCGGCAAGAUGCAGCCGGAUGAGUUCUUCGGGAUCUUCGACCAGUUCCUGCAGUCGUUCACCGAGGCGCAGCAGGAGAACGAGAACAUGCGGAAACGCAAGGAGGAGGAGGAGCGCCGGGCCAAGAUGGAAGCUCAGCUGAAAGAGCAGAGGGAGAAAGAGCGGAAGGCCCGCAAGGCGAAGGCCAACGGCGAGGACGACGGCGGCGAGUUCGACGACCUGGUGUCGGCGCUGCGCUCCGGCGAGGUCUUCGACAAGGACCUGUCCAAGAUGAAGCGCAACCGCAAGAGGAUCAUCAACCAGAGCACGGACUCCGGCAGGGAGCGGCCCGUCACCAAGCUCAACUUCUGAGCGUCUCUCCCUCCUCCCCUCCCCUCCCCCCUCCUCCUCCUCCUCCUCCCCCCCGGGUCGCAGUGACAUGCACAUUCCUCCACCAACCACCCGGCUCGGCUUCAGACUCAACACGGCCUUGCAUCAUCGCAGCACAAACGCCUCUGUGAUCUCGAUAAGAAGCCAAAAAAAUAAAAAAGAAGAGGAAAGACGCCACUUGAUGAUUUCCCACCAGAGGACGACGGGUUGAAAGUUUCCUGCCAGGUGCGAGAGGCGACGGGAGCCGUGUCAGAAUCUAUGCACAGAGCGAGAAAACCGAAAUCCAAGCAGGAAGACGAUUCCAGGAGGAACACGACGGGGCCAUUUUCUACAGACAGAUUUUGUAGAUUGAGAAAAAAAAAAAACUUUUUUUUUUGCAGAGACUGAAGCAGAACUUUUCCAGUGGAGGACCGAGACGUUUGAACAGACGUGGUUUUGACUGCAGCACAGAAGCAAUUCCUUCUUUUCCUUUUUAUUUUAUUUGUUUGUUUUUUUUUUUUUAUCCAUCCUUAUUGAUGUGCAGCAUUUCUGCAUCCGACCACUGUCUGCUUCCCGGGAACAGUUUCCUGUUAAGAGCUGGCCUUAACUGUUGAAUUUCAAUGUGGAGUGGGGAACUCUCCAAGGUCUGGGCUGCCGUGAACCAACACUACCGUCGCAGGUCACACACAGACAUGUACAUAAGGGUGCGUGCUUCUUACACAUGCACAUAGGAAUUUAUCAUUACUACGCUGAAUGCCAUUAAAACCAAUCCAAUCCAGCCCCCACCCCCCCCCCCUCUCCUGUUCCUGUUUGAAUAGAUGAAUUCUGCUCUCUGCACGCUGGCUGGCUUCACACCACGAUGUAAAGAAAAGUCAAAUAA